GAGCGGGAGCUCGGGUCGGGAGGCCCCACCCUCACUCCCUCCCAUCCUCCCCGUCCGUCCCCACAACCGCUCCCUCUGCUGGUGACGGCAGCGCCGCACGAAGCCCAGGAGCUCAGUUCGAGGCCUGGUCCAGGACACCCGGAGAUCUCGGGCCGACGGGGAGAGGCUCGUGUUCCGGAGAACCCGAGGCCGAGAGCGGCCCGGUCCAGGCGCGACCCCGGGAGAAUCUGAGCUUACGGCCCAGCUGCGGGCCGGUGGGGGGACUCAGCCACGAUGGUGCUGCUGACGAUGAUCGCCCGGGUGGCCGACGGCCUGCCGCUCGCUGCCUCCAUGCAAGAGGAUGAGCAGUCUGGACGAGAUCUGCAACUUUAUCAAAGCCAGGCCAAGCAGCUUUUCCGCAAGCUCAACGAGCAGUCACCCACUCGAUGUACACUGCAAGCAGGAUCCAUGUCCUUCCACUAUGUGAUAGAGAAAGGUGUCUGCUAUUUGGUCUUAUGUGAUGCAUCAUAUUCAAAAAAACUGGCUUUUGCGUAUCUCGAGGACCUGCAGGCAGAAUUUGAUGAGCAGCAUGGAAGGAAAGUCCCAACAGUCUCCCGUCCUUACUCGUUCAUUGAAUUUGACACAUACAUUCAGAAAACAAAGAAAUCCUAUAUCGAUAGCAGAGCACGGAGAAACCUUGGCUCCAUAAACACAGAGCUGCAAGAUGUACAGAGAAUAAUGGUGGCCAAUAUUGAAGAAGUAUUGCAGCGAGGAGAAGCACUCUCAGCUUUAGACAGCAAGGCCAGCGGUCUUUCUAGCUUGUCGAAGAAGUACCGACAAGACGCCAAGUACUUGAACAUGCGUUCGACAUAUGCCAAGCUGGCAGCCGUCGCCGUUUUUGCAGUAAUGCUAAUAGUUUAUGUACGAUUCUGGUGGCUCUAAAAUUGACUGAAUGUAGUGUGGCAUGAGUGAUCUGUGCUCACUGCACCAAAUUCUGAGAGUUCCUGGAAUACACUUACUCUGAGGCCUGCAAUUUAUUGCCAGUUAGUCUGGAUAUUGGUCUGUCUUCUUUAUGUUGUAAUUACUAUGAUAUGAUAGGCCUUUAGUAUUUGGCACGAUUAAACUACAUUUACCAACAACAGAUGUUGAACUAAAGAAAUCCUUUGGAAUGUGCAUCCUAACAUCUGAAGAAUAAUAAAUGUUAAUUUUAUUUUCGGAAUCAUUAUAAAGAUUGGAAAUUUUGAAAAAUUAGCAGAAUCAUCUGCAGAGAGAAUGACCUUCUGAAAUCUGUCUGUCCACAGGCCGUGUGUGGAUUGGAGCAACUGGGCUGAAUGAAAGAUAACAUACUUUGCUGUAACUGUGUAGAAAUUGAUCUCGCUCGUACAUUGAAUAAAAUCACAUACCAUCAGAAUGGCUUUAUCAAUUAUAAGAAUGUCCACUGGUUUUAAAUGCUUGUUAGAAGAUGCUGGGAGAUCUUUCUCGUGUGUGUUUUCUCUACAACUUAAUCAAGGAACUGGAGAUCAUUACUGUACCUUCUGUACCGGUGUCUUUAUAUAGUAUGUAUACACAUCAGUUGUUAAAAAGAGAACAACUACCUGAUUUAAACGUA